AGUUGAGUAAAAGAGAAGAAUGAGAGGAUAUGUGACGUGGAAGGACUAGCGCGGAGGGCCGGGAAUGUAUGAGCGAAUGUAUGCAGCCAAACUCGAAGAAACGAACAAAAGAUGAGAAAUAAGAACAACACCUUUGUAUGCUCCUGACCAACACAUCAACUGAACAAUCAUGACUUUGGCACAUUUGGUCAUUUGUACAGGAUCGAUUUAUGCUUCCUUUCUAUUAUGGGCUUUAUUGCAAGAACGAUUAACUACAACGCCAUACACUUUACCGAUUUCCUUGCAACAUGCAACCAAUGAAUCAAGGAAUGAGUUCUUCAAAUCACCCCUUGUACUGAAUGCUUUACAGGCUAUCAUAUGUACAGUCAUUGCAGCAAUCUAUCUCACUGCUCGUUCGAUCGGAUCAAAGGAACCUCUCCAUGUUCGCUUGGGCUUUGACGCCCUUACACCAGCCGGUGCGGAUAAAUUGCGAAAGAACAAACAAAACGGAGUCCAGGUAAACGGAAAGUCAGGAAAGUCUAAAGCAGUCUCAGCUUCACCCUCAAGAGUUUCGCCAUUGUUGCUGCGCUAUAUCCAAAUUGCCGCCUCACAAUCCGUUUCUUCUUUGCUGGCUUUGCAUUCGUUAUCGCAUGGAAUAUCAUAUCCUACUUUGACAUUGGCAAAAUCCUGCAAAUUGGUACCUGUUUUAUUCGCCAAUGUACUACUGUACAGACGCAAAUUUGCACCUUACAAGUAUGUUGUGGUAUUGCUGGUGACCGUUGGAAUUAGUAUGUUCAUGCUUUUCGGAGAAAGUGCAAGUUCCAAAAAGAAGAUUAAACCAGGUCAAGAACGUUCGAGUAUGGUUGGCUUGCUUCUCUUAUUGGGAAAUCAAGCUUUAGACGGAAUCACAAAUUCAACACAAGAUGAAGUUUUCGGAACGUAUACGCUUUCAGGUCCAAAGAUGAUGUUAAUCAUGAACGCAAUCUCGGCUGCCUUGAUGGGAACUUCGCUAUUGGUUCCUGUGCCAACUUUCUUGGGCGGUAGCGGAACAGAAGGUUCAGGUGAAUUGGCAAGCGCUCUAAGCUUUAUUCAACGUCAUCCUGAAAUUUUACGUGAUUUGUUUGGAUAUGCUCUUGCGGGAGCACUUGGACAAAUUGCAAUCUUUGAAACAUUAGAGAGAUUCGGUAGUCUUACCUUGGUUGCCAUCACUGUUACCCGUAAAUUGUUCACUAUGCUUUUGUCCAUCGUGGUCUACAAGCACACCCUCAAACAGGCUCAAUGGCUUGGUGUAUUGAUCGUCUUUGUCGGCUUGGGAAUCGAGGCGAGAGAAAAGAAACGGGAAGGAAUGGCAAAGAAAGUUUUGGCAGAAAAACGGGCAGCGGUAAAAGAUGCAUAGACGGGUAUUAAAUGAUAGAGGGUUAAUAUUACAACGCAUU